AUGAGUGAUGUGUGCGUGGUAGUGCAUCCAUUGGUGCUGCUCUCUGCAGUUGAUCAUUACAAGAGGAAGGGAACCAAGAGGGUGGCGGGGAUCCUGCUGGGAAGCGAUGAGGAUGGAAUUCACAUUACGGAGAGUUUUGCAUGUAUUUUUGAGGAGGAUGAGACAGGAUGGUUUAUUGAUACGUCGUACAUAAUGAGUAUGUUUGAUUUGUUCCACAAGGUGAAUCACAAGCUGAAGAUUGUUGGAUGGUAUCACACGGGGCCGAAGAUGUAUGGAAAUGACCUUGAGAUAUCGAGAUCACUGACGAGGUUUGCAUCUGAUCCGUUUCUUGCGAUUAUCAAUGUGCAUCAGGGAGGAAGUGAUCUGCCUGUGCAAGCAUUUAGGCUGGAUGACCAAGAAGAUUUUAUGCAUGUGAAUUGCAGUAUAGAAGCCGAGGAGGCUGAGGAGAUUGGUGUUGAGCAUCUUAUUCGGGACAUUCGAGAGGAGGCGAGUGGAUCAGCAGCUGCAAAGAUUGCGGAAAUAAAAGAGUCUCUUGUGGUGUAUGGAGAGGUGCUCGAUGGGAUAGUCCAGUGUCUUGAGGAUUUUGUCGAGGGGAAAAUCUGCAUAAGUCAAGAGAUUGUUGACCUCUGCCAAGAGAUUGUUUAUGCAGCGCCCAGGCUCGACAGGUCGCUUGAUGAGAGUCUUUCCUACUUCUAUGUCUCUGAGCUUGCAAAGGUGGUGGUUGCGCUGAAAGACCUGAGAAGAAACAGGGUUGAGAAUGGAAUCAGGAUGAAUGGGCCGUAA